AUGCAGAUCGAUUGCUCUAAAUGUCUCGAAUUAGGGGAUGAUUCCUGCCUGAGGAAAUUUAGGAAGAAGGUAAUGGACAAAUUUAAACUCUCAGACAAUUUUAAGAUUUAUAACUCACAAGGGAUCACCAUUUCUGAAGGAGAACUCUAUUUCUUGAACUAAGAAGGCACUGAUCAAGCAUUGGUUUAUGUUUCUGCUUAAAGUGAAAUGUUUGACUACGAGAGCUAUAUAAAGAUGUUCAAAAGUGUUAAAAAAUUGGGAGAGGGCGGAUACGGAUUAGUUUUCCUUGGCAGACAUUAAAUAAGUGGGGAUGAAUAUGCAAUUAAGUUUAUGAUGCCUAACUCUCAAAAAGCAGAUGAGGCUGACAAAGCAUUCAGAGAGGCACAAGUGUUAUAAUAGCUCAAACAUCCUAAUAUUAUUAAGCUAUCCAAUGUUUUUCAACUUCAAGACACUAAAAUUGUAUUAUUCAUGGAGCAUAUAUAGGGUGGGAACCUUAGAGAUUAUCUAGAUAAACAAACAAAACACUAUUUACCGGAGGAAUAGAUAUCCUAGCUUAUGAUUCAAAUCGGAUCUGCAAUUAAUUACUGCCAUUAAUAAAAUAUCGUGCAUAGAGAUAUUAAAUUAGAAAAUAUCUUGAUUAAUGAUGCCGAGGAUUUAUCAAAGGGGAUCAAAAUCAUUGAUUUUGGGAUUUCGGGGAAAAUUGAAAAAUCAAUAGAAUAGCACAAAGCUGGCACAAUUAGAUACUGCCCUCCAGAAUUAAUAUCAGAGACGAGUUUCAAAGCCGAUCCUAGUUUUGAUGUUUGGAGUUUGGGUAUUUUAUUAUAUAGAAUGGCAUAUGGCGACUUUCCUUUUAAUGGGGAUGAUUGGAAAACUAUCAAGGGAAAAAUAAUGAAGGCUGAAUUUGAUUUUCCUGAGAACUUUGAAAAUCCUGUCAGUGAUACUUGUAAAGCUCUAAUUAGGCUAAUGCUAAACAAAAACCCAGAUAAAAGACCGAAAUUAUACCAACUAAUAAAGCAUCCUUGGUUUUAAAACUUCUCAUCCAGUUUGAGCACUUCUAUUUUCUCACAAAAUACAAUGAUGAAUUUUUUCAAGUAAGAGCUAAAGACUAUUCACUAAUUAAGAACAAUGCAGAAGGAUAAAAUUACAGAUUCACCAAGACUUUCUUAAAAAUCAAAUCAAAGAAUAAAGGAUAUUUUGAAAUCUGAAAACUUCAAUUAAAACUAUGGAAAGAAUUAUAAGCCUUACAAUCGAGUGAAAUCACUAGCUAAGUAUAAGAGUCCAUAUUCUAUUGCAUCAAUAAAUCAUGAAAGAGAGCAAAGCCAGAACCUUUAAAAGCUUGAAAACUUUUAGAUUAACAAUUAGAUAAGAUAGUCAAUUGAAAUUGAAAGGAAAAAUCUAUCAAAUUUAAGGCAAUACAGAGCUAAUGGGUUAUAAAACUAUAUCCAGAUAGAGAUGACACCAAAACUUAUUCAAGCAGGAACUAAUGAUGAUACUCUUUUCGAUAAAAAUCUUAAAGCCCCUAAUAGCACUAAAAAUCGCAUUCCAAAAGUAGGUGGGUUAAAAAAUCACAGAAAUCUUCAAUUUAAGCUAGAAUCUCAAAAGGAAUUGAUCAAUUUACCUCAUAUAUAAUCAGUAGGCAGUAUUGAAAGAAGAAGUGAGUCUACUUGCUUAAAGUCAAACUAGCGAUCAUUGAACUCCUAAAGCAAACUAAAAAUAUCUUAACUUAAUGAAAGACAAAAAAUAUAUGAAUUAAAUAAGGCCACAUCUGCUUCUAGUUUUAGAUCUCUCCAAGUAAAUAAUUAGCUAAAUCCAGUAAAUUCGUAGCUUGAGACUAGAACUAGAAGAUAAACUGAAUUCCAAAAAAAUGUUUCCUAAAUGAUGACUUUUGAAUUACCCCUAAUUAAGGAUCAACUUAAUGAAGAUGAUUAAGAAGACUUAAAGCCAGCUAAAAGGCUAAGCAACAAUGGAAGUUAAACAGCCUCCAAAAAACUAACUAAAAGAUAAUAUUCUAUAAACACAGGAAUGGGAUCAACAACCACAACUCUAGGAGAUGAUAGAACUGCUACCUGUGAUAAGCAAAGCUAAAAGAACUUUAAAUUUAAUUAGCAGACCUUGUCAUAGAUCAGCAAUCAUAAUUUUGUGAACAAACUAUAAAGUAAGCUUAACUAAGUAAAAAAUGACAAACUUAUUGAGGAAUUGAACACAUAAAUAUGA